GCAGCUCGGCAUGGAGAUGAGGCGGAGCUUCACAUUAGGUAAUGUGAUUUGAGUAAAUCACUGCUGCUGUUGGCACUCCUGAGUGACACACGAUCAGCCCAUGGAGAUGAGAUCCACAGAGGCAGGGAUGUUUUCCAUUCAGAACUGUUAUACUUGUGCUGAUGCUGAGGAGACCAGAAGACAUCAUGUAUAAAAGUGUUCCUGAGCUGUCGGAAGCGUGAGCUGACGUGAUAUGAGUCUGUUUCUCCGGUUUGGGGGAGGCAGAUCGUCUCUGCUGCUUUCGGUCUUGCUGUCCUAUUUGACUCUGCCAAUCACAACCAAGGCCAGCAGGCGCCAAGGGCCCCACGGACCCACACACAACCACACAGAUGACAUCAUACUGGCUGUAAUACUCCCUCAGUAUAAUACUUCCUACCCCUGGGCAUGGCCUCGCGUGGGACCCGCUUUGGACCGCGCCAUCGCCCGCGUCAAUGCCGACCCCACCCUGCUGCCCGGGCAUCACCUCCGGCACAUAUUUGCCAACAGUGAGGACAAAAACGGUAUCUGUUCCGAAUCCAUCGCCCCACUCAUGGCUGUGGAUCUGAAGAUUGAUUACAACCCUUGGGCUUUCAUAGGGCCCGGCUGUGACUAUACCUCCUCUCCAGUUGGGUUGUUCACCACUCACUGGGGUCUCCCCAUGGUCACAGCAGGGGCACCCGCUGUAGCUUUCCUGCACAUGAAAAUAUACACGUCCAUUACUAACACUGGCCCCACGCACAAAAAAUUGGGCGAGUACGCCUUACACCUAUAUAAGCAUUUUGGGUGGCACCAGCACACCCUGCUGAUGUUCAGUGACACUAAAAUGGGCGAGAGGGCAUGCUACUUUGCCCUGGAGGGGCUGUACCAUGAGAUACAUGAGAACAACAUCACCAACGUGGACCUGGUGUUUGACGAGAAUAAGGGGCCUGUCAACUAUUCCGACCUCCUGCACAAGAUUCAGGAAGAUGGCAGAGUAGUGUUUGUAUGCUGUUCUCCAGAUAUUUUUCGUCAGCUAAUGGUAAACUUCCACAGGGCAGGUCUGCCUAAGGAAGAGUUUGUCUUCUUCUACAUUGACAUCUUCGGACGCAGUUUGGGCUCCCAACCAUCUCAUCCAUGGUCCAGAGGUGAUGAUGAUGAUGAGGCAGCAAAAGAAGGAUUCCAGAGUGUGAAAAUUCUGACCUACCUGGAGCCCCAGAAUCAAGAGUACCAGGAAUUUGUUGCUGAUCUGAAAUCAGAUGCCAAAAGGAUGUUUAACUUCACAGUGGGGGAUUCGCUGAUGAACAUUAUCGCAGGAGGUUUCUACGACGGUCUGAUGUUGUACUGCCACGCUUUGAAUGAGAGUCUUUCAGAAGGACACAACCGAACCUCAGGAGACUCGGUCACAAAAAGAAUGUGGAACCGAACCUAUCAUGGUGUCACUGGUCUGGUGCAAAUUGAUGAGAAUGGAGACAGAGAGACUGAUUUUGCCCUGUGGGACAUGACUGACAUCAAGAACGGCAACUUUCAGAUUGUAGCUGUGUAUAAUGGUUCUCAGAAAGAGAUGGAGAUUCUGCCUGAGAAAACCGUCCAGUGGCCCGGUGGUGAGAUUCCACUGGACGUACCGAUCUGCGGGUUUAAGAAGGACAAUCCAGCUUGUCUAACACGAACCAUCGCAAUGCACCAGAUGGUUUCCAUUGUGAUCUUCUUCAUCCUUGUCAUCAUCUUCACCGUGACCGUAUUUACAUACAGAAAGUUGAAACUAGAGAAGGAGCUGGUGGCUCAGUUAUGGAGAAUCGCUUGGGAGGACGUUCAUAUGAGCAAUCUGGAGAAAGCCAUGAGAAGCACUGGCAGCAAACUAACACUUUCUCUGAGAGGUUCAAACUACGGAUCCCUGCUGACAGCUGAUGGCAAUUUGCAGGUGUUUGCUAAGACUGGCUACUUUAAGGGAAACAUUGUGGCUAUUAAAUACAUCAACAAAAAGCGCAUUGAGUUGACCAGGAAAGUGCUGUUUGAACUGAAACAUAUGAGAGAUGUGCAGAACGAGCAUCUGACCCGUUUUAUCGGUGCCUGCAUUGAUCCGCCCAAUAUCUGUAUUGUCACUGAAUAUUGUCCUCGUGGCAGCCUGCAGGACAUUCUUGAGAACGAAAGCAUCACACUAGAGUGGAUGUUCAAAUAUUCACUUCUUAGUGACAUAGUGAAGGGUAUGGCUUUCCUCCAUAACAGUGUGAUUGUAUCCCAUGGCAGCCUGAAGUCCUCAAACUGUGUGGUGGACAACCGCUUUGUGCUAAAGAUCACCGACUACGGACUGUCCAGCAUCAGGACCGAGUCGGACACGGAGGACGCCUACUGUUAUUAUGCACGUAAGCUAUGGAUGGCUCCAGAGUUGCUGAGGAUGGAGUGCUUUCCUCCAGGAGGCACGCAGAAGGGUGACGUCUACAGUUUCGGUAUCAUCCUUCAGGAGGUGGCGCUGCGCAGAGGAGUCUUUUAUCUGGAGGGAGACUCGAUCAGCCCCAAAGAGAUUGUGGACCGCUUAGCUCUGGGGGAAUGGCCUUACCUACGACCGUCGGUGAACACACAGUCUCACAGCGAGGAGCUGGGCCUGCUGAUGCAGCGCUGUUGGGCCGAAGAACCAUCAGACAGACCAGAGUUCAAUCAUAUAAGUCUGUUAUUACGCAAACAAAACAGAGAGCACAGAAGUAGUAACAUCUUGGACAAUCUUUUGUCUCGUAUGGAGCAAUAUGCCAAUAACUUGGAGGAGCUGGUAGAGGAAAGAACUCAAGCAUACCUGGAGGAGAAACGCAAGGCGGAAGCUUUACUGUACCAGAUCCUCCCUCAUUCAGUGGCAGAGCAGCUAAAGAGGGGCGAGACUGUGCAGGCAGAAGCUUUUGACUCCGUCACCAUCUACUUCAGUGACAUUGUGGGUUUCACAGCUCUGUCAGCAGAGAGCACACCUAUGCAGGUCGUCACACUCCUCAAUGAUCUCUACACCUGCUUUGAUGCCAUUAUAGACAAUUUUGACGUUUACAAGGUGGAGACUAUAGGUGAUGCCUACAUGGUGGUUUCAGGAUUACCGGUACGAAAUGGGAAACAGCACAGUCGCGAGAUCGCACGCAUGUCUCUUGCUCUGCUGGAGGCUGUCAAAACAUUUAAGAUCCGUCACCGACCCGAUGAGCAGCUCAAAUUACGAAUUGGCAUCCACAGUGGCCCUGUUUGUGCAGGUGUAGUUGGACUGAAGAUGCCUCGCUUCUGUCUGUUUGGAGAUACAGUGAACACAUCAUCACGUAUGGAAUCUAAUGGAGAACCUUUGAAGAUCCACAUGUCGUCGGCCACUCGAGAUGUGCUGGAGGAGUUCAACUGCUUCCAGCUGGAACUGAGAGGAGAUGUUGAGAUGAAGGGAAAGGGAAAGAUGAGGACCUACUGGCUUCUGGGAGAGAUCCCACAGAGCGAUUGAGAUUAUAAAAAUGAGAGAGAAACACUCCACUGGAUCAGCAGGGACCUAUGACUCUUGCCGAGCUGAUUCUGGAAAGUUCCUUUGCCCACAUCCACAAUUACAUAACUGUGUCCAUCACUGUUGUAGAUGUCAAAGUCUGACUUUUGUAUAUAUGUACUCAAAUAUGUUUUAUUAUUAAGUUAUCACCACAGGCUUUGCUGUUACUGCAAAUGUAAAUGGAGCUGAGAGUAUAGGCUUUAGAUUAUUACCCCCUGGUGGAGAAGUAUCAGCAUUACAUUUCAUGUUUUUAUUUGUGUAUUAUGUGCAAAGUUUAAAGAUUAUACACUUAAUAUGCUUACUUUAACGACAAAUUUAAUGUCAUUUAUUACUGGGAUUUAAAAAUCACCUGGCUUUCAUAAUUCAAAUGUUGAAGACAAUAUGCCGUCGAUUUAAAAUCUAUUGUUUUAUUUUACUCAAUAACAAUAUAAAUUUGUAUUGCAUUUCAAAUCUGUUUGGACCCAGAUUCUGUUCUGGCUGAUCAGAGUCUUGCACACACAUGCAUUGUUCCUCAAGCCAUUUAGACGCAUUUCUCUGUGGUUGAUCUACACUGGUGAAUGACUGCCUGGCUUAUAGUUGAACAAAAAAUAUCUUUAGUGAACCACACAGACCUAUGACAGCAGGACACAUAACAUAAUACUGAGACAUACAAAUAAGAUCAAUAACAUUCACAGCCCAUUUUAAAUUGAGAUUAUUGACUAUCAUUUCCUUUUU